GAAGAUUAACAAACAUUGCGUAAAAACUACUUCUGAACAUCAAUUAUAAAAGAAUGGAAAAAUAUUUAAAGAGUAUAUUGGUAAUGUAAAUAUUAAGAUGUUAUAAAAAGUUCGUAAUAAUCAAGUGGAAUAAGUGCUCCGCCGAAGUGCGCGGAUAAGUCGAGUACGUCGUUUUCGAAAAAAUUACUCUAUAAAAGCUCUCCAAAGUUUUAUUGGAGUAUUUGAAAGCCUUCUAGGGACAUAUGCAAUUUUUUUGAAGAUCUUUGUGUUCCGAAAGUGAUAAUGUAUAAAAAGGAUUGUUACAAUUACGGAAUAAAAGCGCCUUCGUAAAUAAAUUAGUGUAAUGCUGCGAAUACGAAGCCCAAUGAGAUAUAUGUGAAAAGAGCUUUUAUGCGGAUUCUGCCGCAACAUCAUUGCGAAUUCAGGGAUUUUUCGCGUCUCGGACGGUUCGUCUGGUCAGCAGCCGCCAUUUUGCUGCCUUCACAACUGACAUGUCUUUCUAAUGUUAUUAUCGAUGAGUGCUGAAGUUUGUGCGUGGCUUUACAAUUGCUUUGGGGAAUAUUUUCUUAGUGGAGGUCAGGUGUGUUUGUGAAACAGCCAAUUUUUAUAAACUUGGCAGGAUCAUCUUCGAUCAAUUCCAACCUCGGCCGGAUGUUGAGCUGAUAAAUGCAGCUCUGUGAGUCUUCUUGUUAUACUGAAUCCACCCUUGUUAUGGGGUUGAAAUUUGAUCAACAAUUAGCGUGACAAGCGUUUCGUCUAUUGUGGAUUUAAGCUCAAUCAACGCACAGCUACGCUACUCGGUGUUAUAUUGUCAAUAAGCGGAGUGAACAUAACCAAACAGCGUGACCUGCCCCAAUAUAAAGUGUUGUAGUCAAAGUUUAGGAGCUAGGGCUUUGCUGACGAUGGCCUUGCCCUAUCACAGAUUCGCAGAGCUCUCUCAAGAUCAUUUACAACUGUGGUACUCAAUGCACGGAAGUAGUGCUGUCAAAGAUGUAUAGGACAUGUUUGGUGUGAACAGCGAUGCUAGGUGGAACGGGAAAGGACAGAGGCAGCAAUCGGUGAAGGUCCCUGUUCGCGAGAACUCAAACAUGGACAAUAAAUUGAAAUUUUCGGACCGGCUGAAGGCUCUGCUGAAAACUGAGGCUCGACAAGACGUCGAUCCGUACAUUUUCAGCGAACCGGAACCAUUUGCUGCGGCUACUGGAAGAAACACGAAGUUGACGCCUUCGAAAAAUCGUAGGGUGAUCCUGAAUAGUAAGAACAACAAAGUAAAAGGAAAAUGUAUAAAGCAAAGCAUAAAAAUGGAAUCCGUUGGGGAUACGGGUUUCGGAGGAGCGUCGGACAGAAACUCGGAAUUGGAUGAGGAAGGCAGUAGCGCAAGAAGUGUGGAACUCCGGUACCCUAAUACCGUUCGUCGAAAACAUCGUCAUCUGGAGAAUCUGCAAAGAUUAAAAUCACGGCGACAGAGUCGAGAUCACACCCUAUUAUACUACCCUCGAGCGGGCGAUGAGAUUUCGGACAGCGAUUCGAGUGGUGACGAGAUGACCGUAUAUCAGCGUCACUGGUUCUCCGGCGAAACGCCAAUGGCUCUAAAUCGCUCAGCACGACUUUCGCAAUUGCGUUCCCAGCUGCGUCGACGAUUGAUCCAGUUGCACAAGAGCGGACCAGAGUCUGAAGCCCUACUGCGCGAGAGGACACGUUGUUUAUUAGAAGCUGCUUGCCGAGAUCCCGAGUCCACAGCUAAAGCCCUGCACGAUUUGCCAGGAACAAGUAAAAUUAUAGAUGGACCUUUACUAGUAGGAGGACCGUGCGGAGCGGAUGGCUGUCGUCAGACGUCCUUACCUUGCACGCGCCAUUGUUCCCGGCACAUAAUGCUGAAUGGGGAUCAGCUUUUGUUCGAACAUUGCACUGCCAAGUUUAGUGACAACACUCAGUGUUGUGUUCCCGUAUUCGAUGUUGCGCAUGAACUACCUCUAUGCCCAGAACAUGCUAGGAAAAGAGAUAAUUAUCAUCGCAAGGCCCAAGAAUCGAAACCAAAGAAAGCUCGUAAGAAGCCGGCAUCUCCUACGAUCCCGAGGCCUAAGCCUAAGUCCAGACCCAAAAAGCGGAAGCGACCACCUUCUACUAAGCUGGAGUCGAAGAGUUUAACAAUACCUAACGAAGAGAAUCGUUAUGUAAACCAGAUCACCACGGGCGAAAAUCAUACCAAGACAUUGAAUAAUUUGAAUGUACCACAAGGAAGCUCAAAUUCGUCGAAUUUGAAUCUUGGAUUAGGAUUGGGCUCUCUCGGCCUUGGCACAGGACUCAAGGUUGAACUGGGAGACCAUGAGGUGUUCGCAUCCCUAGAUCCAGCGGAGCACGACUUUGGCAAUGUGCUCAACAACUUACCUGCUGAUGCUUUUAACGAUUUAUUCAUUGAAAGCAGGAAUGGAGAAUAUGAACCAUCGAGAGAGGAAGAAGAGGAGCUGGAACGGGCGCUAGAGGCAGUUGACAAAGAUGUUCGUAAUCUGGAGCGAAUGGGCCAGUCACACGGGCUCCUGGAGCCGGCUUUGCUUGCUCAGCUCAUGUCGGAUAUCGCUUCGUAGCCCCCUCCGCCCUGAUAAUCCAGUCUCGAAAUGAUUCGGUUCGCGCGUGUUCCUUAUGACGUAGAGAAAAAAUAUACUGUUCGUGUCUGUGCUGGUAAACGUAACAUUGUAUUACUAACUGUCGUAUAGUUAACGCGAAUUUGAAGUAAUGCCAGGGAUGGGUGCAUGGAUUGUAUGGGAUGGCAUGUAGCGUCCUUGUCGAUAUAGUACAGAUAAUGCUAAACAAAUGGUCAUGUUUUUGAUCAAGUAUGUGUUGGGGAAAUUGACUCGCUUGUAAGUGCUGCAUUUGAUCCUCUCGUAUUUCUGGAUAGAUGCAUCGAUUACAAGACGUCGCCUACGUAGGACUAGUUGUAUCGAACCCAUCCAGGAAUGGCAGGAAUUUAAAAAACCUGUGGUUUUAGCUGUAGGAAUAUACAUGAUCAUGUUUACUGUUCAUCGGUAAAUGACAAUGCAGUGAAACACCAGUUAUUGGCACAAUGUUCAGCACAUACAGACACUCCGUGAUGUAAGCAUCUAUUGACACACGUAACAUUUAUUCUCUAUGUGUAUCAAGACUUUGGAUUAUUUUAACCGAUCGAUGAACGCAACCAGGUCCGUCAUUUUGGUUGAAUUUCCAUAGCCAGAAAUUAGAACUCCAGGGGCUGAAAAGAUCCAAGAGCUUCGAUUGUCAUCGUGAAAAAACCAAGGGUUUCGCGCAGUAUGGAUUUUCAUUUGAAUUCUGACUUUACGAAUGUGCUUUGUACAUAAUUUGCUACCAUAGUUAAUAUUUGUAAAUUACAACGGUUCAAUAUAGCGGAUAAUGAUUAUUUGCAAAAUAUUGUCGGCGCCCAGUGUCACGUAAACCGUUUAUGAAGGAUCCAAAAUUCCUUCCUGAUACUCGUGAAUGCUGCAAUAUUUUUCCACGUGCAAGUGUAUAUGCCUUUAUGCACAAGACGGCAUGUUUUUAACAAUGGCGCUUAGACCUUCUCUUUUUAUAUAGGUUUCAAACGCGAAAUACAUUAAUACUUUUCAAAGUAAAACAAUUGUAGGGAAGGUCCAGUACGAAGGUCACACUAUAUCCAAUAGUUGCUCCAAAAAGAAUGUCUUUUUGGUUUAUGUUCUAAUAAAAAAUAAGGAUUUUUUACAGUUUUGUCCUCAUUGAGAUACCUGAUUGAGUGGAGCACCGUUGCACAGGCACACGACUGAAUUUAUAAAGAAAAAUGCAUACCUCAUAUGUCCAUACAUGCUCACGCAUCCCUUCUAUUGUCUUAUCGAUCGAAUGCAUCAAAUACGAUUGAUAUUUGCAGUUAAUGCAGAAUGAUCGAUAAUUUCACCCAAUCCAUACUGUAUUAUAUUCAUCUAGACAAUUAUUAAUUAAUGAUUAGUUACAAUGGAACAAUAGAGUAACGAUGAGAAGCGCCAAAGGAGUAUCUUUUAGAUAUUCUUCUGUAUCAUUUGUAAACAGCCAUGCGGAGCUCUCCGCAGUAAUUUUUUUUUUUUAUAAAAUGGCGAGUCUGUCGCUGUGACAUGGUUUCAGCCGAGAAGCUGCAUCUCAGAGUAUCCGCUACUAUUUAUUUAUUUAAAUACUCCAUAUAGGAAUCUUUGUAAUAUCAAAAGCAACGAUCGGCCAUAGAUUCUGGGACUUUAGAAUUUACUUGUCAAUAUUAUAUGAUUUGCUGUGCCACUCGUUGAACAAAGAUUGUUAUUACGUAUUCUUAUGUAUUUGGUUACUAUGAAUGCGGUGGAUCUCGGAAUUUCGCACUUGAAUCUUGGAAUCAUGUAAGUGAGCGCUAAAGUAUGACAAUUUAUAAUGAUUUAGCUGAAUAAAAUGUAACUCGGAAUCUCGGUGACGAGAUGAACUUGAUAUUAAGAGUUUCCUAUUCCGUUCGAAGUAUGCAUGCCGCUCAUAAAUGUUAAAUCAAAGAUGGAUGCACCUCGAACAACGAUUUUGUUAGCCAAGCAUCGACUGACUGGUAUAAGUAGCAAAUUGUCACGCGAAUCAAAGAAUAAUAUGAGUUACGUCAAGCCCCAUAUUGGGGAGCGAAAAUCUUCUGUCUUAGGAUCUGCGCUAUCCUCAUCUUUACAUUGUUAUUACUAUAUUUAAUGGUAGUUAGCAGUUACAAUUAUUAGUUAUAUGCGGCGGAAGCAGCGAUGUCGAAUCUGAACGUGAAAGCAUUAUUCGCUGCUCCUAAUGUACCUAUAUGUGUAUGUCCUUGUAACAUAUUAUCAUUACUAUUCUGAUUAGGCAGUACCAAUUACAAUAAGCAUAUUUUUUACAUUGCCUUGUAGCGCUCAGUUGUGUCUGUCCCUAUCUUACACGUCCUUGUAUAUUCUUCUCUUUCUCUCUCUCUCUCUCUUUGUUUUUUUUUAAAUCAUAGUGUAUCUCAAUGCUUCUGCAAUUCCAAUGAACGGUUUAUACGAUAAAAAGAAGUAACACACUUCUUACAAUUUAUGUCUGCAAACUCUUGUUCAAUUAUUUCUUUAUACUUAUUCCCAGGAAACGCAAUUCAUUACUUUUGUUCAAUUUAUGCAGCGCUUAUAAAUUUUCUUGGUAAUUACUGAGUUUUUGUCUAUUUAGCCGUAACGAUUUGUACGUUUGUUUGACUAAUUAUUGCAAAUUACAUUCAGAGCGAGAAUGAAUUUUCUAUGGUAAAUCUUUUCGCUUGGUCACUAAAUGUUAUUUUGGAUAUA